AUGGUGGAAAUCGAUGAAAUCGUCGGCCCAGCGGAAGAAGAAAGAAGCAGGGUGUUUACUCAGCUAAAAGUCUACUGCUUUGAGCUUCUGGAGCUUCUCCAAAACCCUAAGAAGCAUUCCUCUGCUCUCUCUUCUUUGCUUCAUUUCCUUCGCCAGUCUCCCUCUCACGCUCUCCAGCCCUUCUUCGACUAUACUUUGUUUCCCUUGCUGCUUCUAUUGGAUGCGGCUGUCGACUGUAGAACCUCAAAGAAGCUUGGUUCCAAAGAAGAAGUUGUGAGCUCUAAUGUCUCAAAAAGGCCCCAAAAAGUGAGUGAUAGUGUUGCUGAAGGUGUGCUUCAGUGCCUGGAGGAACUUCUCAAGAAGUGUCUUUUAGGAUCUGCAGAUCAGAUGGUUGUAGUGCUGAAAAAAUUGACUUAUGGGGCUUUGCUUUCUCCAUCUGAUGCGUCAGAAGAGUUUCGUGAAGGAGUUGUUAAGUGUUUCAAGGCAAUGCUUUUGAAUUUACUUCCAUGCUCUGAUGAGUCCUGUGCAUGUAAACAAAUCUUUGGCAUGCCUAUGCUUUUAGAAAACAGAGACUUAAAAGAUCCUCUCAGUAGAUCUUCAAAGUACGAUUCAGAACCAGAUGAAUGUUUACUUGCAUUUCUACAAUCACAAGCUGCUUCUGCAGCUGUCGGACACUGGGCUGUCUCUUCUUCUCAAUAUACUGAGGCUGCACGAGGACAUCUAGGCAGUGCAAGGCUUCGUAUUGAGGCCUUUAUGACUCUGCGUGUGCUUGUUGCUAAGGUUGGUACUGCUGAUGCAUUAGCCUUCUUUUUACCUGGUGUUGUUAGUCAAUUUGCCAAAGUUUUGCAUGCCUCGAAAACAAUGACCAGUGGGGCUGCAGGAAGCGGGGAUGCAAUUGAUCAAGCAGUUAGAGGUUUGGCUGAGUAUCUGAUGAUAGUUCUGCAGGAUGAUGCUAAUUUAUCUAGACUUGAUAUGUCCGUAACGGUUACUUCUGAGUCCAAUUUAAAAAACUAUGAAUCUACACAAUCUUUAAUGGAUGAGCUCCGUAAGUUGCCUGUUAAGGCACAUGGUCCAAGUAAAAUGGUAAUGGAAGAUUCAAGUAAUAAAGUGAUUCCAACUACUUCCCAAUCUGAGAAGAAAACUGAUUCUGGCAAAGGCGAUAGAUCUUUGCAUGUGGAUCGUACGAAUGAUUGGAUUGAGAAAACUUCAAUCCAUGUGGAUAAACUUUUGGGUGCAACUUUUCGACAUAUUUGCAUUCAUCCAGCAAAAAAAGUGAGGCAAGGGCUCCUGGCUUCCAUACGAGGACUGUUGUCAAAGUGCGUCUAUACGCUAAGGCAGAGUAGACAAAUGCUUCUGGAGUGCUUAUGUGCUUUGGUUAUUGAUGACUCUGAAGAGGUGUCUGCAGGUGCACAAGAAUCCCUUCGGAAUUUAUUCACAUUGAUUGGAGAAAAUCAAUUGGGACAUGAUGUUGCUCAGAUUUUUACCAGGCUCAUUGAUAAGCUUCCAAAAGUGGUGCUUGGGAGUGAGGAAUCACUUGCACUAUCACACGCUCAGCAGUUACUUGUAAUAAUGUAUUAUUCUGGUCCUCAGUUUGUGGUGGAUCACAUCCUUCAGUCUCCAGUAACAGCUACUCGUUUCCUGGACAUUUUUUCUGUUUGUAUGAGUCAGAAUUCGGUAUUUGCUGGUUCUCUUGAUAAGCUUAUUAAAUCGAGGUCAUCCUCAGUAGUUUACCUUGACUCUCUAUCUGAGUUGAAGGCUGGAACUAACAUUACCAGCGAUUGCCUGACAAUCAUGGCUGCUGUUCCUCAAAAUUCAAAGAUAAAAGACAUCCAGGAGAAAGGUAUACCAUAUGCAUCAAAUGAUGCACAGAAGAAUUAUGAGCUUCCGCACAUGCCUCCUUGGUUUUUUCACAUUGGAAGUCGAAAACUAUACGAAGCUCUUUCAGGAAUUCUUAGACUCAUAGGUUUAUCCUUGAUGGCAGAUAUAAAAAAUGGGCAGCAUCUGUCACUCAUUACUGAAAUUCCACUGGGUUGCUUGCGUAAAUUAGUUUCUGAGAUUCGUAUGAAGGAUUAUAACAAAGCCAGUUGGCCAUCAUGGUAUAAUAGAACUGGUUCAGGACAGUUACUGCGCCAGGCAAGCACUGCUGUAUGUAUUCUGAAUGAGAUGAUAUUUGGUAUAUCUGAUCAAGCCACUGAUUUUUUCACAAGGAUAUUUCCAAACUCAAGAAAAAGAAGGAAAGAGGUUCGGGAAUCUGGUGCAGGGUUUGCUGGUGGCCAACCUUUUGAAAUCGAAUCUUCUGUCCUUUGUGAAUCUAGUUGGAAGGUUUUACAAGAUGAGGGUUUAAGGAGUCACUUGAUUGACUGUAUUGGUAGAAUUUUACAUGAGUAUCUAUCUCAUGAAGUAUGGGAACUUCCAACUGAACAUAAAUCUUCGGGCAUACAUCCUGACCAUGAAGCUGAAGAUGUUAGUGUAAACUUCUUUCAGGACACAGCUAUGCUACACCAGGUUACUAUUGAAGGAAUAGGCAUAAUCAGUAUCUGCCUUGGAGGAGAUUUUGCUUCUAGUGGAUUUCUUCAUCAAUCCCUUUAUAUGUUGCUUGAGAAUCUCGUUUCUUCAAACUAUCAUGUUAGAAGUGCUUCCGAUGCUGUAUUACAUAUCUUGGCUGCUUCAUCUGGCUAUCCAACAGUUGGACACCUAGUACUAGCGAAUGCAGACUAUGUGAUUGAUUCAAUAUGUCGGCAAUUACGCCAUUUGGAUAUUAACCCUCAUGUACCAAAUGUGCUCGCUGCCAUGCUUUCCUAUAUUGGAGUGGCUUAUAAGAUUUUGCCUCUAUUUGAGGAGCCGAUGCGCUCUGUUUCUGUGGAGCUUGAGAUUCUUGGCAGGCAUCAGCACCCUGAAUUGACCAUUCCCUUUUUAAAGGCUGUAGCAGAAAUUGCCAAGGCAUCAAAGCAGGAGGCUUGUUCAUUGCCGAGCCAAGCAGAGUCUUAUUUGUUGGAUGUCAAGGCUAGAAUACAUGAUAUGGAAAAGAAAGUUGAUGAUGACCUUCUUAUGUCCCCCGUGGAUUCAGAGCAAUGGGAGAGCAUUUUGUUUAAGCUGAAUGAUUCAAAGAGAUAUAGACGAACAGUUGGAGCUAUUGCCAGUUCAUGUAUUAUGGCUGCAACCCCUCUACUAGCUUCAGGAAGGCAAGCAGCUUGUCUGGUGGCCUUGGAUAUAGUCGAGGAUGGUGUUAUGUCAUUGGCAAAAGUGGAAGAGGCUUAUCGCCAUGAGAGAGCUGCUAAGGAAGCAAUUGAAGAAGUGAUUGAGUCAUAUUCACUAUAUUAUCUCCAAGAUAUGUUGGAUGCUGCUGAUGAAGGGGCUGAUGAGAACAGGUUGCUUCCAGCAAUGAAUAAAAUCUGGCCUUUCCUGGUUAUUUGUAUUCGAAAUAGAAAUCCAGUGGCUGUUCGAAGAUGUUUAUGUGUGGUGAGCAACACAGUGCAAAUUUGUGGAGGAGAUUUCUUUUCACGACGCUUCCACACUGAUGGCUCCCACUUCUGGAAACUUCUGUCUACCUCCCCAUUCCAUAGAAAGCCCAACUUAAAAGAAAAAAUCCCUUUGCAACUUCCUUACAGAAGCACUUCCACUUCUUCGGAGGACUCCUUGGCCGAAACUUCUAAUCUCAAAGUCCAGGUUGCAGUGCUCAACAUGAUUACUGAAUUGUCACGAAACAGAAGGAGUGCUUCGGCAUUGGAAGUUGUCCUCAAGAAGGUCAGCGGUCUUAUGGUAGGGAUUGCUUGUAGUGGCGUGGUUGGUCUCCGUGAUGCAUCUGUAAAUGCCCUUCAGGGUCUUGCAUCUAUGGAUCCUGAUCUUAUUUGGCUUCUUAUAGCUGAUGUUUACUAUUCUAUGAAGAAAAAAGACAUACCUUCACCCCCAACAUCAGACAUACCUGAAAUCUUCCAAAUUCUGCCCCCACCCUCAUCUCCAAAAGAGUACCUUUAUGUGCAGUACGGAGGGCAGAGUUAUGGUUUUGAUGUUGACUUUCCUUCUGUGGAAACUGUUUUCAAGAAACUGCAUGCACUCUAG